AAACAAAAGCUAUCGACACUCCAGCUGCUCUACAACAUCUUUGGAGUCUGAUUUUUUGAAACCCAGCAGGCCCAGCCUUACAGAUCUCGACAGCUCGGAAGAUGCCACGUCCCAUGCUCCUAAUCCAUGGCGGUGCAGGUGAUAUAUCCGAUUCCCGGAUUGCCGGCAAAUUCCAGGGCAUCAAGCAGGCCCUGCGCUGCGCCUGGCGGCUCUUGAAUCCGGAGAACGGCAGCACUGGAUGCGCUCUGGACGCCGUGGAGGCAGCGGUCCGUAGCAUGGAGCUGGACGAGAACUUCAAUGCCGGAUAUGGAUCGUGUCUGAACACCAAAGGGGAGGUCGAGAUGGAGGCCAGUCUGAUGGAGGGCAAGGAUCUGCGUGCCGGAUGCAUAACACUGCUGCGGGAUGUGAUGCAUCCAAUCACGGUGUCCAGGCGGCUGAUAGAGAAGAAGAGGCACACGUUCCUUGGCGGCGAAGCGGCCCUAGAGCUGGCCCUGGCCACGGGCAGUGAGAAGCUGCCGCCAAACGCUCUGGUCACCGAGGGAGCCCGCUUCACGCUCCAGGAAUUCCAAGAGCAGGUCGCCCAGGGCAAGGAUCCGUUCUUUGCGCGCACAGAACUGGCCGAGGAGAAGCCCCUGAACAGUGGCCCCAAAACGGAUCCCAGUGGCGAGACUGUCGGGGCCGUCGCCAUCAAUUCCGAGGGCCAUAUCGUGGUGGGGACGUCAACGGGCGGCAUUACCGGCAAGUGGCCGGGACGAAUCGGAGAUACACCCAUUCUGGGCAGUGGCACCUAUGCGGAUAACAUGCGGGGCGGCGUCUCUACGACUGGACACGGCGAGACGAUAAUGCGCUACAACCUGGCCCAACGCAUCCUGGCCGCCAUGGACUGCAAAGGCCUGUCCCCGCAGGCUGCCGCCGAUCAGGAGUGUCGCGAGAUGACCCGCCGGCUGGGCGGCACUGGAGGUGCCAUCGUUGUGGCUCCCAGCGGUGACAUCGGCAUUAGCUUCACAUCGCGACGCAUGGCAUGGGGCUAUGUCAAGAACGAUACCAUUUUCUAUGGGAUCGAGGGUCAAGUAGUCCACCAGGAGCCCUUCACCGAAUAGAUCCUAGCCUCCGAUCCUCUAGGGGGGUGUUCCAUUUGAAAUUCUAGUAAUAUAACCACGUUCUUGCAGAUUUAUUUACAUUUUCGACCCAAGAAUAAAUAUUUCUUAUAAACAUUA